ACAACUUUUUAAUAUCAGAACCAACAAGUGACCACCAAACCCUCUCUAAUUGCUGUCAUGUAACUAAGAGUGAAGCUGACCAUACUUGCAGUCACCAAAACUGUGAGGUGGUGGGUUCAACUCAGAGAGCAAGGAUGAAAUCUUACAAAAAGCCCUACAACAAGUGCAAAAUUUGUGGGAAAGUUCUUUAUAAUUUGGAAAUUUUUAAAAUUCACAUGACAUUUCACACAGGGGAAAAGCCUUUCAAAUGCACCACUUGUGGAAGAGAGUUUACCUGGAAGUAUGACAUGGAGAGGCAUAGAAGGACUCAUGCAGGGGAGAAACCAUUCGGAUGCACCAUGUGUGGGACAAUGUUUACCCACAAGUCACUUUUACAAAGGCAUGUAAGGACUCAUACAGGGGAGAAACCAUUCAGAUGCACCAUGUGUGGGACAAUGUUUACCCACAAGUCACUUUUACAAAGGCAUGUAAGGACUCAUACAGGGGAGAAACCAUUCAGAUGCGCCACACGUGGGGAAAUGUUUACCCACAAGUCAGAUUUACAAACACACAUAAGGACUCAUACAGGGGAGAAGCAAUUCACAUGCGCUGCUUGUGGGAAAAUGUUUACCCGGAAGUCAGAUUUACAAAGGCAUGUAAGGACUCAUACAGGGGAGAAGCCAUUCAGAUGUGUCACAUGUGGGAAAAUGUUUACCCGGAAGUCACAUUUACAAGGGCAUGUAAUGAUUCAUACAGGGGAGAAGCCAUUCAGUUGCACCACAUGUGGGAAAAUGUUUACCCGGAAGUCACAUUUACAAAGGCAUGUAAUGAUUCAUACAGGGGAGAAACCAUUCAGAUGUGUCACAUGUGGGAAAAUGUUUACCCACAAGUCAAAUGUACAAACACACAUGAGGACUCAUACAGGGGAGAAGCAAUUCAGAUGUGCCACAUGUGGCAAAAUGUUUACCCAGAAGUCAGAUUUACAAAGGCAUGCAAGGACUCAUACAGGGGAGAAGCCAUUCAGAUGCGCCACUUGUGGGAAAAUGUUUACCCAGAAGUCAGAUUUACAAAGGCAUGUAAGGACUCCAUGCCAGGAAAAUGGGUUGCGGGGACAAGAGCCCAUUAAAGGAUUAAGGAAAAUCCACAACAGUGUCAAGGGAAACCUGCAGGAGGGGAUGAGUGAGGGGGAUCACCACCGCCAGGAGAGAUGA